AUGUCUUAUAAUCAAACCCAUGAUGGUCUUGUUCUCGUUGGAACUCGAGUUCCAUACGAAGUCCGCCAAUUUCCAACAAUACCACCAAAGGGGGACGAGAUCAGAGUCAACAUCAAGUGGACGGCUUCUACACCCCUCGACCUUCACCAGGCCGAUGGUGGACUCCUCGUCGAGCCCCCGAUGAGGACAGGAUCGACCGGCGCCGGUAUCGUCGUCGAAAUCGGCCCUGACGUCAAGCAUUUCCAGGUCGGCGAUAGGGUUUUUGGGUUUGCACACCAAAAGCCCGAAUGGAAGACCCAUCAAGAGUACGUUACUGCGCCUGAAUGGGUGUUUGGAAAGGUACCAGAAGGCUUUUCACUUGAACAAGCUGUCACAUUACCUGAGAACUUAGUUACGGCAUUUAAUACCGUCUCCACAGACUUGAAGCUGCCAACCCCAUGGCCCAAACCAUUGGGAUACUCGCCUCCUCGGGCCAACGAUCGCAUUCUUAUCUGGGGCGCUGCCUCCUCGGUAGGACAGCUCAUCAUCCAAGUACUCAAGUACUACGGAUACAAGCACAUUGUCGGCACCGCUUCACCUAUCCACCACGCCUACCUGAAGAGAAUUGGCGCAGCAGAGAUCUAUGACUACAAAAGUCCCACGGUCGUCGACGAUCUGCUACGAAGUGCACAAGGGGGCGAAUCUCCGGCCUUCCCGCUCAUCGUCGACUGCAUCGGCUCACAGGAGCGGACCCUAACACCCAUAUCCAAAGUCGCGCAGAGCGGCAGCACGGUCGCCGUCAUGCUUCCUGUGAUCUUGAAGCACGCCAGCGACGAGAAUGCCCCCGAGUACUCGAUGGACGCCGGGGCUAGCGCUGCGUGGGCGACGGGUGUGCACGUAUCAGGCGUCAGGACUCAUUACUACUGGAAGAACGAGAUGUUCCGGGAGAAGCUUCAGAUCGAGAUUAUGCCUACCUUGCUCGCCCAAGGCAUCGUGGAACCUAAUCGGUACCGAAUUGCAGAUGGCAAGACGCUGUUGGAGAGGGCAACGAAGGGAUUGAAUGCUAUGCGGGAGGGCGCGAGCGGCGAGAAGGUCAUUUGGAGAGUGUCCGAUGAAUGAGAGGGGUCGGCCACGCAUCAGGGGGAAUGAACAAUAGUAAACUUGUGUAUCAUGCCGGUCGGGUCGGUAGUCUUGAAGCUGUAUACUCAUCCAGGCAUCCAUUAAUAUGCGAACCAGCUAUCGUUCGCCGAGAUAGGCGUUGCCUUGUCGUAUGAUCAUUACAAAAGUCUGGCCAUCAUUUCUAUUCUCUUCUCCCCUUUUUCUUUACAUUACCAUAUAUCCUACCGCUUCUCUUGAAUUAGGUGUUCUAUGACAUUCCGGAUGAGUCGACGGGGAUCUGCAUGUCUCAGCCGUUUUAUCUCGGUACACUAGAUCCUGCAUCAGGCUUCUUCAUGCUCU